GGGGAGAGGGGACGGACGGGGGAGGGGGCUGGGGAAAGCCCGAGGGAGGAGGAGAAGGAGGGAGGAACUUCCCAAAGUUGCAAAACAUGGCUACCUUGCCUUCGGAGCCGAGCGCGGGGCCGGCGGCUGGGGGGGAGGCGGUGGCGGCGGCGGCGGCGGCCGAAGAGGAGGAGGAGGAAGCGCGCCAGCUCCUGCAGACUUUGCAGGCGGCCGAGGGUGAGGCGGCGGCGGCGGCCGGGGCCGGGGCGGGCGAAGCGACGGUGAAAGCGGAGGACCCUGGAUCCCCGGGCGUCCCCGGGUCUCCCCGCGAGGCCGCUGCCGAGCCGCCCACAGGCCUCCGCUUCUCGCCGGAGCAGGUGGCGUGCGUGUGCGAGGCGCUGCUACAGGCGGGCCACGCCGGCCGCUUGAGCCGCUUCCUGGGCGCACUGCCCCCGGCGGAGCGCCUACGUGGCAGCGAUCCGGUGCUGCGCGCUCGGGCCCUUGUGGCCUUCCAGCGGGGCGAGUACGCUGAGCUCUACCGGCUGCUCGAGAGCCGCCCCUUCCCCGCCGCCCACCACGCCUUCCUGCAGGACCUCUACCUGCGCGCGCGCUACCACGAGGCCGAGCGGGCCCGCGGCCGCGCGCUGGGCGCGGUGGACAAGUACCGUCUGCGCAAGAAAUUCCCGCUGCCCAAGACCAUCUGGGACGGCGAGGAGACCGUCUACUGCUUCAAGGAGCGCUCCCGCGCCGCGCUCAAGGCCUGCUACCGCGGCAACCGCUACCCCACGCCGGACGAGAAGCGCCGCCUGGCCACGCUCACCGGCCUCUCGCUCACGCAGGUCAGCAACUGGUUCAAGAACCGACGCCAGCGCGACCGGACCGGGGGCGGCGGCGGCGCGCCGGGCAAGAGCGAGUCAGAUGGGAACCCCGCUACUGAGGACGAGUCCAGCCGGAGUCCCGAGGACCUGGAGAGGGGGGUGGCUCCAGGGGCUGCUGAGCCUCCCGCCCAGGGCUCCGUAUUCCUGGCUGGGGCUGCCCCUCCCACACCAUGUCCCGCCUCCUCCUCCAUCCUGGUGAACGGGAGCUUCCUGGCCGCCGGCAGCUCUCCAGCAGUGCUCCUUAAUGGGAGCCCCGUCAUCAUCAACAGCCUGGCCCUGGGCGAGGCCUCCAGCCUGGGCCCCCUGCUGCUCACCGGGGGCGGGGGCGCCCCUGCACCGCAGCCCAGCCCCCAGGGGGCCAGCGAGGGCAAGACCUCCCUGGUCCUGGACCCUCAGACUGGGGAGGUUCAACUGGAGGAGGCUCAGCCUGAAGCCCCUGAGACCAAGGGAGCCCAGGUGGCUGCUUCAGGGCCGCCUGGAGAGGAGGUCCCAGGACCUCUGCCCCAAGUGGUGCCUGGGCCCCCACCGGCCGCCACCUUUCCUCUGCCCCCAGGACCAGUGACUUCUGUGGCCGCUCCACAAGUGGUGCCACUUUCCCCGCCUCCUGGCUACCCCGCGGGCCUGGGCCCCACCUCCCCCCUGUUGAACCUGCCCCAGGUGGUGCCCACCUCGCAGGUGGUGACCCUGCCCCAGGCUGUGGGGCCGUUGCAGCUGUUGGCAGCUGGGCCAGGCAGCCCUGUGAAGGUGGCUGCUGCCGCGGGCCCUGCCAAUGUGCACCUGAUAAACUCCGGGGUGGGCGUGACUGCGCUGCAGCUGCCUUCAGCCACUGCCCCAGGAAACUUCCUGCUGGCCAACCCGGUGUCCGGCAGCCCCAUCGUGACAGGUGUGGCCGUGCAGCAGGGCAAGAUCAUCCUCACCGCCACCUUCCCCACCAGCAUGCUGGUCUCCCAGGUCCUGCCGCCCGCCCCCAGCCUGGCCCUGCCCCUGAAACCAGACGCGGCCAUCUCAGUGCCCGAAGGAGCCCUCCCGGUGGCCCCCAGCCCCGCUCUCCCGGACGCCCACGCCUUGGGCACCCUUUCUGCGCAGCAGCCAUCACAGCCGCCGCCCGCCGCCACCGCCACCAACCUGCCCUUCGCCCCAGACCCAUCCAGCCUCCUGCCAGGUUUCCCGGCGCCCCCGCCCGAGGGGCUCCUGCUGUCGCCCGCGGCCGUGCCCAUCUGGCCAGCCGGGUUGGAACUGAGCACGGCCACCGAGGGGCUACUAGAGGCGGAGAAGGGGCUGGGGACACAGGCCCCCCACGCUGUGCUGAGGCUGCCGGACCCCGACCCCGAGGGGCUGCUCCUGGGGGCCACGGCGGCGGGCGAGGUUGAUGGGCUGGAAGCAGAGACCAAGGUGCUGACCCAGCUCCAGUCGGUGCCCGUGGAGGAGCCCUUGGAACUGUGACCCGCCGGGCCCAUGGUCUCCCCUGAUAAUGGUGCUGACGGGAUCCAGGACGGCCCGGGAGCCUCUCCCAGACACGUCGGCCGCCGUCUGCAGAUUCCACACACACUACAUCCGCCCCCGUGGCUGCGCAACCGCUCCACGGCCUGGAGGGCCACUCCUGUCCAGGAGCAGCGUCCGGCCCUCUCCCUGCUCUGUCCCGUGACCGACAGGGGGACAUAGGGGGUCCUGACUCAGGGGCUCUGCCCCCUCGACCUGGUACUAGCUGUGAGCAGCUGAAAGCGGCUGGCUUUCCAACCCCCUCGAGCCCUCUCCCUAUCACUCCCUAAAACACUAUUAAUAGCUCCACUGCCACCCAGUGUUCCCAGAACUGCUUGGAAUCCGAGGGUGGAGGCCGGGCAGAGACUGACAGACCCUUGCAGGCGGGCCCUUCCUGCCGACCAGGGAUGCAGGUGUGGGGGGGCGUCUGCUGGCUCCUCUCAGACUGGCGCCCUCACUGUCACGUCCAGCCCCAGACCAAAGAUUCCCCCCGCCCCGGGGCAGCCCUGAUCCCAUGUCUAGUUUAUAUCCUAAAUCUUUAUUUUUCUAGGACAUGUUAUGCCUCCAUUUCAAUUAAAAUAAAGUUAACGGACAGCUAGGAA